AGCUAAACAUCAUAAAUAUAUAUGUAAACAGGACCUUGCUGGGCAAUCAAAGUACUUCAGAAGUUCUUGGAAGUAAAGUAGUUUAUGUUAGAUACAGAAGAUGUUUAAAUCAUGAAAUAUAAAUAUAACACAAAGAUGUAGAGUUAAUAAUAAUGGCAGUGUAGUACACAAGGUUAGCAGAGAAACUGUUUUUUAGACAGUGUUUCUUCAUCAGCUGUAUAUAGCCUAUAUAAUGUGGUAGCCUACCUACAAGUAUGACAGUAUUCAGUAUGACACAGUAUGUUAGAAGUUCUCAUUUAUCUAAUCAUUUUGUUGCCUGAUUUGUAUGAAUUGAUAUCUUGGAAAGUGUGUUAGGGCCAUAGUACAGUGGGCAUUCAUUCUUUAUAUAAACAGUCCCCUGACCAACAAGCAUGUCAGCCACACUCUUUGUCACAUCGCUGUCAAUUCUGCAGCCUGGUCCCAUUCUUUAGCCCUAAGUGGACCGUAACAAACCCAGUUUGCAUACAUGUCUCCUGAGCACCAGCUGGCCUGUUCCAGCUUACAGUCUGUUCUUUCAGCAGGGGUGAGUAAGCUGAAUUAUGAAUGACACUGAGACGCUGUAGCCCUCCAGGAAAAGACCGUUUCCAUGCAAAGUGAUACUCCAGUGACGGUGAAAGGAGUGAAAGUGCAUUGGCAUUGUGUUGCCUCGAAUGAAGAGGAAGUUCUACUCCUGGGAGGAGUGUAUGAACCUGAGAGAGGUGAAGUCAUUAAAGAAACUGAACCACGCCAAUGUGGUGAAACUGAAGGAAGUCAUCAGAGAAAACGACCAUUUAUACUUUGUCUUUGAGUACAUGAAAGAGAACCUGUACCAGUUGAUGAAAGACAGGGAAAAUAAGAUGUUCACUGAAAAUGAAAUAAGGAACAUCAUGUUUCAAGUGCUUUCUGGUUUGGCUUUUGUGCACAAACAUGGGUUUUUUCAUCGGGAUAUGAAACCAGAGAAUCUGCUGUGCAUGGGUCCCGAGCUGGUGAAAAUCGCUGACUUUGGCCUGGCCAGAGAGAUCCGCUCUCGUCCUCCCUACACAGAUUAUGUCUCGACACGAUGGUAUCGAGCACCUGAAGUGCUUCUGAGGUCAUCUGUUUACAGCUCACCCAUAGACAUGUGGGCAGUGGGCUGUAUUAUGGCGGAGCUCUACACCUUGCGACCUCUUUUCCCUGGCAACAGCGAAGUUGAUGAGAUCUUCAAAAUCUGUCAGGUCCUCGGGACUGUCAGGAAGAUGGACUGGCCAGAGGGCUAUCAGCUGGCUGCAGCGAUGAACUUCCGUUUCCCUCAGUGUGUGCCCACACCCCUAAAGACCCUUAUCCCCAAUGCCAGCAAUGAAGCUCUGGUGCUAAUGAAGGACCUCCUCCAGUGGGACCCAAAGAAGAGGCCCACUGCUGUCCAGGCCCUCAGGUACCCCUACUUCCAAGUUGGCCAGAUGCUCGGACCACGGCCGCAGACCUCAGACCUCUGCAUGCCACAGGCGAGACCAGUGGAGAACAGCGAGGCCAAAGCAGAGCUUCAGUCAACCUCAGAGCCAGCCCCGCGCUCUCAGGCCAAGGCCCAGGGCCGGAGCUACCAUCAGCCACUGCAGCAAAUCCCCCUGCCCCAGUCUGUCUCUCAGGCAGACCGCCAAGCUGAGCCUCUCCCACUCAUUACCCAAAAGAAGUCAGUAGGGAAUGAGAACACCCUGAUGGGGCUGAAGAGUGGGAGGAGACGCUGGGGACAGACCAAGAUGUCUGAUAGCUGUGAAUCAGAUCGCUCAGAUACUGUGUCUGAUUCCAAAAAACCAAGCAUGGCUACAGAUGAGGACAAUAGGGAGAUCACUUAUCUGCCAAAGGAACAUAAACCUCUUUACACUUUUAGCACUGUGACAAAAUUACCUAGCAGCAUCAGAAUGAACCAACCAGACUCCAACCUCCAAAGCAUCUCCUCGGCUAGACAGCAUUACCUUCGCCAGUCCAGAUACCUCCCAGGCUUGAUAAGUAAGAGCACACCAUCAGCUGGGGACAAGGAGUCCCAGAGAGACAACAAGUCAAACCCACUGUACAAACCACUCGCUCCUAUUGGAGGAGCACCGGUUUCCAGAGUCAAUCCAGGAAAUUUCAUAAGCACCAAAUACAAUCUGUCUGGGGGUUAUAGCCCAUCUUUCCAGAAGAAGGAAGUUGGGUCAGUUGGCCAGAGGAUUCAACUUCAACCAGUUGGACACCACCACCCCCUUGAUCUUUCUGCCACUACUGAUUGUAAAACUGGCAAAGCAAAAGCUUCAAAGUCAAAAGCUGCUGCUACUUCAUUGAAUGAGAGCUCUGAAGGUUUCGAUGGUUGGAAAAAGCGCACAGAGCGAUCCCAGGUUAAAGGACCAACUUACUCAGCCUUGGAGAAAAAUUCUGCUGGCCUCCACUCUCGAGUGGCUCCGGUCCAACCUGUCCACGGCCGAGUGGACUGGGCAGCAAAAUACGGAAGCCAUCGGUAGCACAUCUGUAGAUAAGCCGGUGCCAUUCGGAUCGUGCCGUUAUAGACUGAGGCUGGGUCUUGUUCCAGUGCUACUCAUGCUACUGGCUACUGAGUAAAAUCUGAUGCUGUUGUGAAGCUGCUGUUAAUUCAUCGUAUAAGUUUCUUAGUGGAACAUAGGGGGAAUGCUGUAACCUGGAUAUAUCUAGUUGUCAGUCCUACAUUUUUAUUAUUAAAAUGUGCUUUAAUUAUACAAUAGGCUAAAGUCUUUAGAGCCUUAGCUGUUGCUAACUUCACUGACUCCAUCUUCAUGAAAGAUUAGCUACAUUCAGAUUAGCAGCAUUAAUUUUAUGUCCUGAAGCGCACUGUGUUCUGAUGGUAGAGCUUAUAGCCAUGGGAUUUUUAAAAAUGUAAUGUUAGGUCCUAAAAUUAAAAUUUUAAACAAUGGUGUUUAGAUAUCUAUGUGUUCAACAUUUUGUAUUUAUCUUUUGCUUUUUUUGGUAUGUGACCUGAUUUUAUAGAAAAUAUACUUUUUUUGUACAACACA